ACCUUCAGAAAUUAUGAUAUCAAAUGAGAGAAGUUGCUUUGCUGAAAUCAUUACCAACAAAUCACCAAAUUAUGUUGACUUGUUUCACCAAAAGGAUGCUGGCCCUGUAUUAUUAGCACACACAUGGGAGAAUUUUGUGACAUUGUCGGUUUUACAUUUUCCACAAUUUGAGCCAAACAUAGAAGAGUUCACCUAUGAGAACCUAACUGACAUUGAGCAUGGUCCAUCAAUAUUAAAAUGUGCUUGGAGUCCGAGAACAUCAAUGUUGAUUCAUCCUGUAUGCAUUAUAUUUUGUACAAUUGGAUUGGAUUUUCAACUCAGACUUGUUUCAGUGGACAAUAAAAUGAAAGUUUCUAUAAAGAUUAUAGGUCAACACAAAAGUUUUGUCAAUGAUUGUUCAUUUCAACCAAUCAGAGGAAACCAAGUAGCAAGUGUUGGCGAUGAUAAAAAAUGCAGAAUAUGGAAUGUUGAUUCAUGUGAAGAAGAAAUGUGUAUCCCACUCACUAGUGCAGGAAAGAGCGUGAAGUGGAAUCCAAACGAUCCAACGAAACUCUUAGUAGCGGAACAAAACGGUUGCGUUCGGUUAUAUGACACGGUAAAUUAUCAACCAGUACUAUCAUUAAACUGUUUGCGAGCAACGUCAGGACUUUCUUCGUGCGACUGGUCAAUACUAAACCCGUUAAAAAUCGGUGCUGUUAUCGGAAAAGAGUGGCAUGUAUGGGAUAUGUCUAGAGGAAGCCUCCCUGUUUCUUCUGGACAAGCGCAUACUGGGUGUGGAAGGGAAUUUAGAUGGAGCAAUUGUAACGAUGCGAUGUUUUCUACUCGUGGCACGCCGAAUAACCAAGCUAAGGUUUUUUUAGGUGAAGACAAGCUACCGAUAUCUAUUCAAACGAAAGUUGGACAUGGUAUAAGUUGGCACAACCUGUUACCUGUGUGUGCCAUCGGUGGGAAUCGUAAAAUUUUGCUUUACGAGGUCGAUGUUUUGUAAAUUAGUGACUUGUUUAAUAGAUUCAAUGUGUAUGAUAUUAAGAAAACAAAAUCCUUUUUACUUUUGCUUAAA